UUGCCCCAUGAUAUGCAUCAGCAGAUAAGUAGGCUUAGUAGUGAGGAGUUUCAGUUGCAAACGAUGACAACAAAUGCUUUAUCCGAAGCUAGUUGCAUGCAGUCCACCUCAGUGUAUACAACCGAUGAACUGUUAGAAGAGGGCGAACAAAAUAAGACAUUGGACAGAAAGAACAUGGAAAAAGGAGAAGAAAAGAAGCAACCAUUUCCAAUGAAACAGAUAUUGCUUAUGGAAAACAGCUGGUAUGCUAGUCCUGAAGAGAUUGCUGGUGCUCCAAGUACCUGUGCUUCAGACAUUUACCGUUUAGGGGUGCUACUUUUUGAGUUAUUCUGCCCUUUUAGCUCAAGAGAAGAGAAGACCAGAACCAUGUCUAGUUUGAGACAUCGAGUUCUUCCCCCUCAGUUAUUGCUUAAGUGGCCCAAGGAAGCUUCAUUCUGCUUGUGGCUAUUGCACCCAGAACCAAGUAGUCGUCCAAAAAUGGGUGAAUUGCUACAAAGUGAGUUUCUUAAUGAGCCCAGAGAUUCUCUUGAAGCACGUGAAGCAGCAAUAGAACUUAGGGAGAGAAUAGAAGAGCAGGAAUUCUUACUGGAGUUCCUCCUAUUGAUGCAGCAAAAAAAACAGGAAGCUGCCAAUAAAUUGCAAGAUACUGUUUCAUUUCUAUGUUCCGAUAUCGAAGAAGUUACAAAGCAGCAAACAAUGCUCAAGAAAAAGGGAGACUCAUACACAGAGCCCGGAAAGGAUGAUGGCUCAACAUCAAGUCCUCCCUUAGUUAAUACUGUUGAAAACCAUGACUCUUCAAGUACGGGGUCUAGGAAAAGAUUCAGACAGGGGCUUCAGUUGCACACCAUGGAGGACUGUGAUGAUAAUCUAGAUGAUGAUCCGAAGUCAGAUACGCUUGCUGAAAAUCCAGAAAGUAUUCUUCUUCAAAGUUCUCGAUUGAUGAAGAACUUCAAGAAGCUGGAGUCAGCAUAUUUUUUGACACGAUGCAGGCCAAUCAAACCAUCUGGGAAAAUGUUGGUUAGACAUUCAACUGUGAGUAGUGAGGGCAGAGGGUCUAUUGUCAUAACAGAAAGAAGUUCUGUCAGUAAUUUAGCAUCAAAAGAUCGGCCUGGUGAACCUAGAGAAGGGGGAUGGAUAAAUCCAUUCCUUGAGGGUCUGUGCAAAUAUCUAUCUUUCAGUAAGCUAAAAGUCAAGGCAAACUUGAAGCAAGGAGAUUUGCUAAAUUCUUCCAACCUUGUAUGCUCUCUCGGCUUUGAUCGUGAUGGAGAAUUUUUUGCUACGGCUGGUGUAAGCAGGAAGAUUAAAGUAUUUGAAUGUGAUCCUAUUAUAAAUGAAAAUCGUGAUAUCCACUACCCCGUGGUUGAAAUGUCUAGUAGGUCAAAGCUAAGCAGUAUAUGUUGGAACAGCUACAUAAAAAGUCAAAUUGCUUCAAGUAACUUUGAAGGUGUAGUCCAGAUAUGGGAUGUUACAAGAAGUCAGGUGGUCAUGGACAUGAAGGAGCAUGAGAAGCGUGUGUGGUCCAUUGAUAUUUCAUCAGCUGAUCCAACAUUGUUGGCCAGCGGCAGCGACGAUUGUUCUGUUAAGCUAUGGAGUAUCAAUCAGGGAGUAAGCAUCGGUACCAUCAAAACAAAGGCCAAUGUUUGCUGCGUCCAGUUUCCUUUGGAUUCUGGACGUUCUCUUGCAUUUGGUUCAGCAGAUAAUAGAAUAUAUUACUAUGAUCUCCGUAACUCAAAAAUUCCUCUGUGCACAUUAAUUGGGCACACUAAAACUGUCAGUUAUGUCAAGUUUGUCGAUUCAAGUUCUCUUGUUUCCGCGUCUACGGAUAACACUCUGAAGCUCUGGGAUUUAUCAAUGUGCACAUCUCGGGUCAAUGAUACCCCUCUUCAAUCUUUUACGGGCCACAUGAAUGUGAAGAACUUUGUGGGUUUGUCAGUAUCUGAUGGUUAUAUUGCCACAGGCUCCGAAACUAAUGAGGUUUUUGUGUACCAUAAAGCUUUCCCCAUGCCAGCAUUGUCAUUCAAAUUCAACAACAUGGAUCCCUUUUCUGGUCACGAGAUGGAUGAUACUGCGCAGUUCAUAUCCUCUGUCUGUUGGCGCGGCCAGUCCCCUACUUUAGUUGCAGCAAAUUCGUCCGGAAACAUCAAAAUCUUGGAGAUGGUUUAAUCUGUCCACACUCCGAAACCACUGAUGAUCUGUAAGCAUUGUUUAUGGCGCAGAAAAGAGGAAAAUCUUGUAUCAACGAGGAAAAUCUUGUAUCAACGAAUUUGAAAGGUAUACGAAAUUUAAAACAACAAUUUUUGGCAGUAGAUGAUAGCGGAUGAUACGAACAUUAAGAGUGAGAAUAUUCUUGUUGAAAAUGUAUGUAGAUAAAAGAAAUUCAAAGGUAGAAGGGGAAAAAAGGAAUUAUGCAGUCAUCUAAUCAUAUGUAUAUUUUGUAAUACUGCUAGUAGUGGUACAACCUUUCAUUUUUUACAAUCACAAGUAACCUUUUCUCCA